AUGGGCAAUAUCUGCUCACGUUCUUCCAAUGAGACUGAUCCCUUUACACAGCCGGGUCGUGUAGUGGGUGCUGGUCCCUCAGACCGGAAUGCUGCACCCCGGGCCCCAGUUCCAACCAAAACAAACUGGAAAGCUACACCAGGCCGUACCCUAGGUGAGAGCAAUGGGGACGGCAGUGCCGCGGGGACAGAUGAGGCACGUGCAAAUGCUGCCAUUGCUGCACAGAAACGCGCUGAGAGCGCAUCUGCCAAUAAAGGCAAACUUGGCGCAAAGCUGGCUGCACAAAAGGCCCAGUCGCAUGCACAGACAUUAGACCAAGUCAGUCGGACGGAACGGGCCGCACGAGAUGCUGAUGAGGCAGAGGCUGCAAGGAGAUGGAAUUAA